AUGUCCAAGGGAGGGAGGCAAAAGGUUGAUAGGCGAGCUAUUGCGGCAGCAAACGGCUACAUUCGAGGAGCGAACCGGGAACAAGACCAGAAUCGCUGUGAAUAUCAUUAUCCUGAUGAAUCCCUCACUCUCCAGGACAAGGCAUCUGAAGAGGAUAAGAAGCUCCGAGUUAAAGGCCUUCGCAUAGGGCAGCCAGUACCUGACCUUGCGAUGGUGAAGGAUUUCAUACACUUUUACAUUUUCUCUUCGCACGGAAUAAUCUCACUGCAUCCUACGAAGUCUUCCGUGCUAAAUUUUGUCGAGCGAUUCUUUGCCGGAUUUACGCGCCUUACAAAGUCGGUUUUUGAUAAGAAGGAUACUCAGGGUGUGUACAGGUGGAUAGCAAAAUCUCUUGUUAAAGAGGGAAUCAUUGAAGAUAAAAGAUGA